AUGCCUACGGGCGCGCAUGUUGCUCCCUACCCUGUGCGCCCACGCAGGCAGCAGAUUUCGUUCUCCCCAUAUACGCUCAUUAUUAUCCCGCUUCUCGUGUUAUUUUCGUCCAAUUCGGCGUUAGUGGUGGCACAGGAGAACGCACCUCAGGCCCUCCUCAAAUUCAAAAGUUCCCUAGUCAACGAAGACCCUGCCCUCGCCAACUGGGGCUCGUCCGCAGCCCCAUGCUCUGGGGACCGUCCCAACUGGACCGGAAUCCUCUGCUUCAAUGGCUACGUUUGGGGGUUGCAGCUCGAGAACAUGAACCUAAAGGGCCAAAUAGAUGUCGAUUCCCUCACCCCAUUGCGUUUUCUGAGGACCCUGAGCUUCAUGAACAAUAGCUUCGAGGGCGUGAUGCCCGACUGGAGAAAGCUCGGGGCUCUCAAGUCCUUGUAUCUGUCGAAUAACCAGUUCUCUGGACGGGUCCCGGACGAUGCCUUCAAGGGCAUGACCUCCUUGAAAAAGAUUUACAUGGCUAACAACAGGUUCACAGGCCCCAUCCCUACGUCCCUUGAAUCCCCCAAGCUGAUCGAGUUGAGGCUCGAGAACAACCAGUUCACGGGUACAAUACCUUCCAUCAGCUCGGACAACCUCAAAACCCUCAACGUCUCGAACAACGAGCUGGAGGGCCCCAUCCCCAGGCCUCUGCUCAACAUGGACCCAAGCUCUUUCUCAGGCAACAAAGGGUUGUGCGGGGCAAAACCACCUCUGCAGCCAUGCGAACCCCCGAUCCCGCCACCAGACAUGGAGCCUCCCCUCGUAUCUCCACCAGAAGCCGGUGGGGCCAACCUCAACGGCGGCAAUUCACCUGCAUCUUCACCAUCACCUGUAAGGAUCGCGAUAAUCGUGUUAUCAGCCCUGCUCGGGCUUUUCUUGGUUGUGCUGCUUUUCCUCGUGUACAGAAGGAGCCGCAAGAGCAGCCAGACACCCCGGCUCGGGAGGGAACUUACACCACCGGCACUCACACACUCGGCCUCUAAAAAAAUUAGCGUCUCGAAUGAAGUUGCUGCCGCCCAAAUGGGUGGGGUCAGUGAAAUGAAAGGCGGCGCGGAACAACAGCAGCAGCAGCAGCAAGGAGGAGGAGGAGCGGCGGGUAAACUGUCGUUCGUGAGGGAUGAUCGACAAAAGUUUGAUUUGCAGGAUUUGAUGAGGGCUUCGGCUGAGGUGUUGGGAAGUGGAAAUUUUGGGGCUUCUUACAAGGCAGUGCUGGUGGAUGGGGAGGCACUUGUCGUCAAGAGGUUCAAGCAGAUGAAUAAUGUGGCCAAGGAAGACUUUCAUGAGCACAUGAGGAGGCUCGGCAGGCUCAAGCACCCAAAUCUGCUGCCUCUGGUUGCCUACUUAUACCGAAAAGAAGAGAAGCUCCUGGUCUUUGAAUACGUCGAUAACGGCAGCCUGUUCGCACAUCUUCAUGGAAAACAUUCGGCAGGGCUUACUUGGGCGAGCAGGUUAAAGAUCAUAAAAGGAGUGGCAAAGGGGUUGAAUUAUCUACAUACCGAGCUUCCAGCCCUGAACAUACCUCAUGGACACCUAAAAUCGUCGAACGUGCUAAUAGACGAUGACUUCAACCCCAAGCUGAUGGACUACACUCUGGCGCCAGUGGUGAACCCCAGCCAGGUGCAUGAAAUCCUGGUGGCUUACAAAUCGCCGGAGUAUGCCAAAACUGCUCGUGCUUGCAAGAAAACAGAUGUCUGGUGCUUGGGGAUUCUGAUACUAGAGACCCUCACGGGGAAGCUCCUGGCCAAGUACCUUUCACAGGGUAGCGGGCAGUACAGUGCCGAGUUAGCUGGAUGGGUGAAUGCGAUUGCUGGGGAACCGAGUGCACUAGUUUUCGACAAGGAAAUGGAGAUUAGUGACGAAGGCUGCAGGGUUCAAAUGGAGAAGCUUUUACAGAUUGGAAUAGCUUGCUGCCAGGAGGACCUGGACAAGAGGUUGGAUUUGGAGGAGGCACUCAAACAGAUCGAACAAGUACACGAGUCAUGA